AUCCGUGAUAAUUGUCUCCAUAAAUAAAGGCUCCUUGUUCACAACAUUAACAACAAGAGACGCAGAGUCUAACAUUAGGAAAAAUGAGGGGUUUCUUCCAUGUCACAGUGUGUUGUAUGGUUGUGGUGCUUGGAGUGCUACCACUCUCCUUAGAUGCACAACUUGAUCCUUCCUUUUACAAGAAAACUUGUCCCAACGUUCACUCCAUUGUUCGCCAAGUCGUGAGUAGCGUUGCUCAGAAAGAUCCUCGUAUGCUUGCUAGUCUCGUUAGACUUCACUUUCACGACUGUUUUGUUCAAGGCUGUGACGCAUCAAUUUUGUUGAACAACACUGCCACAAUAGUGAGCGAGCAAGAAGCUUUCCCAAACAACAACUCAAUCAGAGGUUUGGAUGUUGUGAACCAGAUCAAGACAGCAGUGGAAAAUGCUUGCCCCGGCGUCGUUUCUUGUGCUGAUAUUCUUACCCUUGCAGCUGAAAUUUCUUCUGUUCUGGCUGGUGGUCCUGAUUGGAAAGUUCCCUUGGGAAGAAGGGAUAGUUUAACAGCAAACAGAACCCUUGCCAAUCAAAAUCUUCCAGCUCCAUUCUUCAACCUCACUCAGCUUAAAGCAGCCUUUGUUGCUCAAGGUCUCAACACUACUGAUCUAGUUGCACUCUCAGGUGCUCAUACAUUUGGCAGAUCUCACUGCGCUUUCUUUACUGACCGAUUGUACAAUUUUAGUGGUUCUGGAAAACCUGAUCCAACUCUUGACACAACUUACUUGCAACAAUUGCAAAAAACAUGCCCCAAUGGUGGACCUAACAACCUUGCCAAUUUUGAUCCAACCACUCCUGAUACAUUCGACAAGAACUACUACUCCAACCUUCAAGUUAAGAAGGGCUUGCUUCAGAGUGACCAAGAGCUAUUUUCCACAACUGGUGCUGAUACAAUCAGCAUUGUUAACAAGUUCAGUAGUGACCAAAAAGCUUUCUUUGACAGCUUUGAGGCUUCAAUGAUUAAAAUGGGCAAUAUUGGUGUGCUAACUGGGACCAAAGGAGAAAUUAGAAAACAAUGUAAUUUUGUUAACAAGAAAUCUGCUGAACUUGAUAUUGCUAGUGUGGCCUCCCGAGAAUCAUCACAGGAGGGUAGCGUUAGCUCCAUCUAAAUGAAUUAGGAAUGAUUACACUUGAACUGGUGUGAUUAGAGGGUACCAAUAAAGAAGCUAUAUGCUGUGCCACUAGUUGUUUUGUUAUGUGUUUGUGUUACAUUUUCUUUCUUCUAAUUUGAAUCAUGUAGUGUUCAUAAUCA